AUGAUAGAUUUCUUAAAAGAUCGCAAACAGAGAGUAACAGUUGAUGGUAUCACAACCGAGUUCUUGAAGAUUAAACGUGGCGUGCCUCAGGGGACUGUUCUAGGCCCAAUACUAUUUUCAAUAAUGGUAAAUGACAUUAAACCAGUCAAUCCAAUCAAUGAACUCUGUAAAUUUGCUGAUGAUAUAACAAUAGAAGCACCGGGCUAUGAUGAGGAUGAUACAGGUGCAGAAGAGGUAGAAAAUAUGAAGUUAUGGUCGGAUGAAAAUCGAAUGGUGUUGAAUAUGAAUAAAACAUACGAAAUUAUUGUUCGUGGGAGAACAUCUACACCUCUACCCAGUUGCAUUCCGUCCAUCAAACGGAAAACAUGGCUCAAGAUACUUGGAAUUACCCUUGAGGAAAUACCGGAAAAUUGGGACAUACACUUCGAAGAGAUGCUUAAAAAAGUGAGUGGACUAAUGUACAUUUUACGCGUGUGUAAAUAUUAUGGUUUUACAACAAAGCAGUUAGAACUUCUCUUCCAGAGUUUAAUAAUGUCAUUAUUCACUUUCGGAACUGAACUUUGUGGAGGAGCAGCUUACACUAAAUACAUUAGUCAGAUUGAUAAGUUUAUAAAUCGUGCAUACCGUAAUGG